AUGCAUCGUCGUCUGACUGCCUGCUGCAGUGCGAAUGGCGUACGCGGGGCCUGGAGGAGUGCUGUACGCAAAUGCACCUCCCAGACGGCGGAGGGUGCUGCAGGCUCUCAGAUUGGCGAGAAGGCAGCUGGAAAAUUCAAACCUGCCUCCACGUCAACUGGACCUCAGCGAAAAGAUUGGCGCACACACAAGGAGGUUGUCUAUGUCAAGGGAGUUCCAAUGAAGGGGAGUCUUUUUAAGCUUCCACUGAAGGAACAAAUCCUCAUCUGCAUCAUCUUUUCCAUUACAGGGAGUGCGGCAGUCCUGUUUGUGCGUCCCUUUAUUCGUUCCCUUGUGAAGGAUGGAUUUCUGGGACUUCCGGAAGAUAGUGGAUGGGUGAAUGGCCCGUGGCUUUAUCGUUUUUUAUACCUCGCCAUCAUGUACCCUGCCUACUCCAUGAUGCUUUUUAUUAUUGGCUCUAUUUUUGGCCGGCGUGUGUGGUUCUCGUUCAUGAUUCAUAAAAUGUGGUCGCGUGUAAUGACAAAGAAAGCGGGGAAAAGGCUUGAACACCUGUUGGACCUGCAACACUAUUGA